UUCUGGGAAGUCACGCCGGGAACAGGCAGAGAGGCGAUGAGGGGGAUCUUUAUUUGCACGCACACCUCGGCGUGGUAGUGGGAGAUGGAGAUGGAGCGAGAAAGCGCGUCUCUCUCUCCAUCCUCCGUGGAUUUCUCCAAAUCCUGCUGUGUUCCAGACUAAAGGGUCUUUCUCCGUGAUAUUUACCACAGUGCCUCCUCGCCACCACGCACAGCGCCGGUUGCGUCGCAUGGCAUAGGGCAUCAGGAGGAAUGGUUAGGGGGAAGACGAUUUUGUUCCUGAGAGAAAUAGCAAAUUAAAUCAGAAGACUCCCGAGGCGGUAUAAUGGUUUGACAUUUUAGAAACGAAUAGCCUUCUUCUUUUUUUUUCUUUAACGUGGGCGCAUGCAUACGGAUGGGAGUCAGAGAUGCCAAAGCAGCGAGGUACUUGAGGGGGAUGAAGACUUAUCAAGAUCUGAGUGGACCGGGCCUUUUUUUUUCAUUAUGAAAUAUUAUCUAAGCGACAAAUAAUUGACAUUUUCUCACCAAGGGAGGAGGUGUGGCACCGGUGGAUGGAUGGAUGGAUGAAUGGAUGGAUGACUUUUGCGCGACGAUAAAGAAAGAAAGCGAAGAGUAACUUUAUUUAGGUCACACGUGAGCAACCACAUAAAUAUCAACUCGUAUCGCCUCAAAGUAUACAGCAGACUUUGACGCGCGCUCUUGUGGAACUCUGUGGGAUCUUGCUCGCUCCAUGUUGCGUUCAAGACACACCGGUACCGGCGGUACCUGCGGGACUUAAAGGCAAACACAGCUGGGACUCUUUGGAAAGCAGCAGCGUUGGUCUGUGGGCCAGUGAUGCCGGACACAUUGACACUCAUAAAGAACCGGACAGAGCCACGGCUGGGCCAGCUGGAGCGCACUCUGGCCACGGUGGGCAGCGCCCGCCCAGCCUGGGUCAUAGCCAUCCUGGCCAGCGUUCUGAUCUUCACCACAGUGGUGGACGUGCUGGGCAAUCUGCUGGUCAUCAUCUCGGUGUUCAGGAACCGCAAACUGAGGAACUCGGGUAAUGUAUUUGUGGUGAGUUUGGCCUUUGCUGACCUUGUGGUAGCCUUCUACCCCUACCCCUUGGUUCUCUAUGCUCUCUUCCAUGACGGAUGGGCACUGGGGAACACACAAUGCAUGGUCAGCGGUUUCCUUAUGGGGCUGAGUGUCAUCGGCUCCAUUUUCAACAUCACUGGGAUAGCGGUGAACAGAUACUGCUACAUCUGUCACUCGUUCUCCUACAGUCGGCUGUACAGCUAUCGCAACACUCUCAUGUUUGUUGCCUUAAUUUGGGUGCUCACAGUAGUGGCAAUUAUUCCCAAUUUCUUUGUCGGCUCCCUGCGCUACGACCCGCGAGUCUACUCCUGCACCUUCGCCCAGAAUGUCAGCAGCUCCUACACAGUGACGGUGGUCGUGGUCCACUUCUUGGUUCCCAUCGCAGUGGUUACCUUCUGUUAUCUACGCAUCUGGGUGCUUGUGAUUCAGGUGCGACGUAAAGUGAAGACGGAGGAGAGCCCUCGCCUCAGACCAAGUGACGUGCGGAACUUCAUUACCAUGUUUGUGGUCUUUGUGCUGUUUGCCAUCUGCUGGGCUCCACUCAACCUGAUUGGCUUGGCGGUGGCCAUAGAUCCAACCCGCGUGGUUCCUCGUAUCCCCGAGUGGCUCUUUGUGGUCAGCUACUUCAUGGCCUACUUCAAUAGCUGUCUGAACGCCAUCAUCUAUGGCUUACUCAACAGGAAUUUCAGGAACGAGUACAAGCGUAUAGUCACCUCCGUGUGGGUGACUCGGCUUUUUGUGACAGAGACUUCGCGAGCCGCCACGGAAGGCAGGAGCAUGAGGAGCAAGCAAUCGCCACCUCCACCGCUCAACAACAACGAGUCGGUCAGAGACCGUUCAAACAAAGAAUGAAAUCUGAAAUCCUUGAA